AGUGACUGACUGAGUGAGCGUCUCCAAAGUUUCACCGGCCUCUCGCAGACUCAGCUCCUGCAGCACGUUUCACUGUUGACCAAACAAACCGAGCACCGAACCGGACUGACCUGCGGGCACGGAGGCGCAGCGGAGCGCACGGAGGAGCGCACAGAGGAGCGCACAGAGGAGUGAGGAAGAGGAGGAGGAGAAAGUUCUUUUAAAGGACUCUGCUGGAGGAGUAACCCAUGAAACAAAGAGUAAAUGUACUACUGUAGCUCCACACUGACUGACUGACUGACUGACUGACUGUCCUCCAGCCUGCACACGCUCAGGAGGAAGAUCAUGGACUGAAACUCUCGGAUCUGCUCCCUCUUUCUGGUUUUGCUUUGGGAUCACACUAACAACACAUGAGUGGGACUGACCGGACGCGCGCUUUCCACACAGUCAAUCCUCGGGGAUUAAAAUAACGAGGGCAAUGGAUAAUUUCUUCACGGAGGGUGACCGGGUGUGGUUACGGGAGGAUGAGCAGUAUCUUCCCAGCACCGUGUCCUCGUGCUCUGGAGGUGUUGUUGUCUUUGCCACAGACUAUGGGCAGGUGUACACCUACAAGCAGAAUGCACUCACCCGCCAGAAGGUGCAGCCCAUGCACCACAGCAGCAUCCGAGGGGUGGAGGACAUGGCGACCCUCGAGGACCUUCACGAUGGCGCCAUCCUGCACAACCUCUUCCUGCGCUACCAGCAGAGACACAUCUACACGUACAUCGGUUCCAUCCUGGCGGCGGUGAACCCUUACCAGACGCUGCCCGGCCUGUACGACCAUCCGGCCGUGGAGAUGUACAGCCGACACCACCUUGGCGAAAUCUCCCCGCACAUCUUUGCGGUCGCCAACGAGUGCUACCGCUCGCUGUGGAAGAGGCUGCAGAACCAGUGUGUCCUGAUCAGCGGAGAGAGCGGCGCUGGGAAAACAGAAAGCACCAAGCUGAUCCUGAAGUUCCUGUCGUGCAUGAGCCAGCACUCCCUGGAGGUAUCGUCCAGAGACAGGACGUCACACGUGGAGGAGGCGCUUCUGGAGAGCAGUCCCAUCAUGGAGGCCUUUGGAAACGCCAAGACCGUCUACAACAACAACUCCAGCCGCUUUGGGAAGUUUGUCCAGCUGCAUUUCAGCCAGAAGGGCAACAUCCAGGGAGGCAGAAUUGUUGACUACCUCUUAGAGAAGAACCGAGUGGUCCGACAGAACCCGGGGGAGAGGAACUAUCACAUUUUCUACGCCCUGUUAGCAGGAACCAACACCCAGCAGAAAGACGCGUUCGGGUUGACCCACGCUGACAGCUACCAUUACCUGAGACAGUCCAGCUGCCACCCUGACAAGACAAUCAACGACAACGGCACUUUUCAGGAUGUUCUGAAUUCCAUGCGGACGAUGCAGUUUACAGAGGAGAACAUCGGGGAGAUCCUGCGCCUCCUGGCCGGGAUCCUCCACGCAGGGAACAUCGAGUUCAUGACGGCCGGAGGAGCACAAGUCUCCUCCAAAUCAGCAGCUCUCAGCCGGACGUCCGACCUCCUGGGGUUGAACCCAGAUCAGCUGGCCGAGGUCCUGACCCACCGGUCCAUGAUCCUCAGGGGCGAGGAGAUCUCCACGCCACUCACUGUGGAGCAGGCGGUGGACUCCAGAGACUCCAUGGCCAUGGCACUUUAUUCUCAGUGUUUCAACUGGAUCACCUGCAAGCUCAACAACCGCAUCAGGGGCAAAGAAGACUUCAAGUCCAUCAGCAUCCUGGACAUCUUUGGAUUUGAGAACUUUGAGGUCAACCGCUUUGAGCAGUUCAACAUCAACUAUGCAAAUGAGAAGCUUCAGGAAUAUUUUAACAAGCACAUUUUCUCCCUGGAGCAACUUGAAUACAACAAGGAAGGCCUGGCUUGGGUUGACAUCAACUGGAUGGACAACGGAGAGUGUCUGGAUCUGAUCGAGAAGAAACUGGGUCUCCUGGCACUGAUGAAUGAGGAGAGUCACUUCCCCAAAGCCACAGAUGACACCUUAUUGGAGAAGCUCCACAGCCAGCACUCAAAAAACUCUUUCUAUGUGAAACCACGUGUUGCUGUGCACUACUUUGGAGUCAAGCACUAUGCAGGAGAGGUGGUGUACGAUGUGAGGGGCAUGUUGGAGAAGAACAGGGACACUUUCAGAGACGACAUCCUCAACCUGCUGAGGGAGAGCAGGUUGGACUUUGUCUACGAUCUGUUUGAACACGUAUUGAGCCGAAACAAACAGGACACUCUGAAGAGCAGCUCCAAGCACAGACGGCCCACUGUCAGCUCCCAGUUUAAGGAUUCUUUGCACUCCCUGAUGGCCACACUCAGCACUUCUAACCCGUAUUUCAUCCGAUGCAUCAAACCAAAUACACACAAGAUGCCUGACCAGUUUGACCAGACGUUGGUUCUGAACCAGCUCAGAUACUCCGGCAUGUUGGAGACGGUCAAGAUUCGACGCACCGGCUUCCCCGUCCGGAGACCUUUCCAAGACUUCUGCUCCAGGUACAAGGUGUUGAUGCGGGGCGUGAUGCUGCCAGAUGACCCCAGGGGGAGCUGCGUCCAGCUGCUGCACCUCUAUGACAGCAGCAGUGCAGAGUGGCAGCUGGGCAAGAGCAAGGUCUUUCUUCGGGAGUCGCUGGAGCAUCGCCUGGAGAAGCAGAGGGAGAUGGAGGUUCUGAAAGCGGCCAUGAUCAUCCAGGCCCACGUCAUGGGCUACAUGGCCAGGAAGCAGUACAGGAAGCUGCUGCAGUGCAUUGUGGUUAUUCAGAAGAACUACCGGGCUUUCUACUGGAGGAGGAAGUUCCUGCUCCUCCGCUGGGCAGCGCUCACCUUCCAGAAACGUGUGCGAGGCCAGCUAGCCCGCCGGGCCUACAGCCAGCUGCUGGAGGAGAGGAGGAGGAGGAGGGAGGAAGAGGAGGAGUGCCGCAGGAGGAUGGAGGAGGAGAUGGAGAGGGAGAAACAGAGGCUGGAGGCUGAGAGACUCGCCAGAGAGGCUGAGGAGGCCAGAAGACUUCAGGAGGAGCUUCAUCGCAUUGAGGAGUUAGUCUCUGUGGCUCAGCCUCUGCCUGCAGUUGCAGCUGCAACAUCACCGGACACCUUGGAGGAGCUGGAGUCAGCAGAGGCCCUCGAGGAGGCGCCUGAAGAAGAGGAGCCAGUCCGUCCUCAUGAAGCGACUCAGGUGGAGGAGAUCCUGCGACUGGAGCGGGAGAUCCAGGCGUUGCAGAGGCAGAAGGAGCGUCAGGAGCUCUCUCUGACUGAGGCCUCCCUCAACCGCCUGCAGCUUCUCCGUGACCAGGAGCUCCGGCGUCUGGAGGAUGAAGCCUGCAAGGCGGCGCAGCAGUUCCUCGACUCUCUGAACUUUGACGAAAUCGAUGAGUGCGUAAGGAACAUUGAAAGCUCAUUGGGAGUUGGCGAAGGGGAAGAGAAGGAGAAAGAGGGUAGACGGAGGAGAGGUAAUGAUGAGGAAGAGGUGGAUGAAGGGUUUGGGGCUGAUGAUGAGGCCUUCAAAGACUCGCCGAACCCAAGUGAACAUGGCCACUCAGACGGCCAGCGGACAAGUGGGAUCCGGACAAGUGAUGACUCAUCUGAAGAAGAUCCAUACGCCAACGAUGGUGUGAUCCCACCACUGCCGCCAACCACCCUGCUUCACCAGCCGCCUUUACCACCAGUGCCCCCCGCCUGCCACAGCGCCUCCUCCAGCGGGGACUCGGCCUACUGCCACCCCCAGGCUUCAUCCGAGGCUCAGUCCGACGACCUGGUGGAGCUCAUACCGCCAGACGAGGAUUCAGACUACGACCAGGAUGACUACGAUGAGGGCGCCAUCGUGUCCAGUGGCAGCAUGGCCUUCUCUAACCCUCGCAGCGGCCAGUGGUCUCCUGACUACCGCGGCUCUGUAGGCACCUACAACAGCUCAGGGGCUUACCGUUUCAGCUCGGAGGGGGCUCAGUCAUCGUUUGAGGACAGCGAGGACGACUUCGACAGGUUCGACACCGAUGAUGAGCUGUCGUAUCGGCGGGACUCCGUCUACAGCUGCGUCACGCUCCCAUACUUCCACAGCUUCCUCUACAUCAAAGGCGGUCUGAUAAACACGUGGAAGCGGCGCUGGUGUGUUCUAAAGGAUGAGACCUUCCUGUGGUUCCGGGCCAAGCAGGAGGCUCUGAAGCAGGGCUGGCUGCACAAGAAGGGAGGGGGCUCGUCCACACUGUCCCGCCGCAACUGGAAGCGCCGUUGGUUCGUGCUGCGACAGAGCAAGCUCAUGUACUUUGAGAACGACGGCGAGGACAAAAUGAAGGGGGUGCUGGACAUGCAUAAUGCCAAAGAGAUCAUUGAUAACACCGGUAAGGAGAAUGGAAUCGACAUUGUGAUGCCAGACAGGACCUACCAUCUGAUUGCAGAGUCUGCCGAGGAUGCCAGCCAGUGGUUCAGCGUGCUGAGUCAGGUCCACGGCUCUACAGAACAGGAGAUCAGAGAGAUGCACGAUGAGCAGGCCAACCCCCAGAAUGCUGUGGGAACGUUGGAUGUGGGAAUGAUCGAUUCAGUCUGUGCGUCAGAUAAUCCAGAGAGGCCGAACUCCUUCGUCAUGAUCACGGCGAACCGCGUGCUGCACUGCAACGCCGACACGCCCGAGGAGAUGCACCACUGGAUCACUCUGCUGCAGCGCUCCAAAGGAGACACCCGCGUGGAUGGACAGGAGUUCAUCAUUCGAGGCUGGUUGCAAAAGGAGAUGAAGAACAGCACCAAAGCCUCGCUGAAGCUGAAGAAACGCUGGUUCCUGCUUACCCACAAUUCCCUGGACUACUACAAGAGUUCGGAGCGUAACGCCCUGAAGCUGGGAACGCUGGUGCUGAACAGCCUCUGCUCAGUGGUUCAGCCCGACGAAAAGGUCUUCAAAGAGACCGGCUACUGGAACGUGAUCGUGUACGGCCGCAAACACUCGUACCGUCUCUACUGUAAGCUGCUGAAUGAGGCCAUGCGUUGGGCCAACUCCAUCCAGAACGUCAUCGACACCAAAGCGCCCAUUGACACGCCGACCCAGCAGCUCAUCCAGGACAUCAAGGAGAACUGUCUGAACCUGGAGGUGGUGGAGCAGAUCUAUAAGAGGAACCCUAUCCUUCGCUACAGCCACCACCCGCUGCACUCACCGCUGCUGCCGCUGCCCUACGGAGAUAUCCACCUCACCGUUCCGAGAAACAGGAGCUACACAACGCUGCAGGACGAAGCCCUCAAAGUGUUCAGCUCUCUGCAGCACCUGGAGGGCGUGGCCGACCCUGUGCCCAUCAUCCAGGGCAUCUUGCAGACCGGCCAGGAGCUCAAACCACUGCGGGACGAGCUCUUCUGUCAGCUGAUCAAGCAGACGACGCGACCGCCGCAGCCUGGCAGCCCCGGGAACCUCUGCAGCUGGAAGAUCCUGGCCUGCAUGUCCUGCACCUUCGUCCCGACCAGGAGCAUCCUCAGAUACCUCAAGUUCCACCUGAGGAGGACCCGAGAACUCUUCCCCGGCUCGGAGAUGGAUCGCUACUCCGCCUUCGCCAUCGACUCCCUGAGGAAGACUCGAGCCAGAGAGAACGUCCCGUCGCAGGAGGAGAUCCGCUCCAUCGUGGCCCGACAGGACAUGAGCACCACCGUUCACUGUCAUGGGGGAGGAUCCUGCAAGAUCACCAUCAACUCGCACACAACAGCUGGAGAGGUGGUGGAGAAGCUGAUCCGCGGCCUGGCCAUGGAGGACAGCAGGAACAUGUUUGCUCUGUUUGAACACAACGACACCACAGAGAAAGCCAUCGAGAGCCGCAUGGUGGUGGCCGACGUGCUCGCCAAGUUUGAGAAGCUUUCAGCCAGCGCAGACGAACACAACACCGGAUGGAAGUUUUACUUCAAGCUCUACUGCUUCUUGGACACGGACAAUGUUCCCAAAGACAGCGUGGAGUUCGCCUUCAUGUUUGAGCAGGCCCAUGAAGCCGUCAUCCGUGGUCAGUAUCCGGCCCCUGAGGAGACUCUUCAGUUCCUGGCUGCCCUGAGACUUCAGUACCUCCUGGGCGAUCACAGCUCCCAGGCCAACCUCCCUGAAAUGUCCCAGGUGUUCCCCAUGGGGCGAUUGCGGGCCCGGGUGCAGAACUCAGCCAAGACGUUUGCUCCAGGCACUGGCUCGGUGGCUGACCGCUCUGGGACGGCUGAGAGAAAACGCUCGAGCUUCCUGGAGGGAACGCUGAGGCGGAGCUUCAGGAGUGGCUCCCUGAGUCGGCAGAAGCUGGAGGAGGAGAACAGCCUGGAGGUGUGGAUGAGGGAGGAGGCGGCAGCGGUGAGAACCAGUGUGAUGGACAAGUGGAAGAAACUGCAGGGGAUGAACCAGGAACAGGCCAUGGUCAAAUAUAUGACUCUGGUAAAGGAGUGGAAGGGAUACGGAUCCACGCUGUUCAAUGUCGAGUGUCGGGACGGCACAUUCCCUUCUGAGCUGUGGUUGGGCGUGAGCCGGGAGGCCAUAUCGGUGUACAAACGAGGAGAGCCAUGGCCUCUGGAAGUUUUCCCGUAUGAACAGAUUCUCUCCUUCGGAGCUCCACUGCCCAACGCCUACAAGAUCGCUGUGGAAGGCCGAGAGCUGGUCUUUGAAACACAAAUGGUCAUGGACAUCGCCAAGCUCAUGAAGGCCUACAUCAGCAUGAUCGUCAAGAAGCGCUACAGCAACUGCCAGUCCGUCAGCAGCCACGGCAGCCAGUGCAGCGCCUGGUGAACUCUGCCCUUUAACCUUUGAACUUAUGGCCACUUGCCGGAGUGCCACAGAAGGCUGAGAGCGGCAGCCGCUGGCCAUGCAUGGACGCACGUCCUCGGCAAUCUGUACAUUUGACAUGUCAGACUGACUGAAUGCUGGAGACAAACCACAAUGCUCUUAAUGUUAACUAGCUCAAAUUAUUAUUUUAUGACUGGUUUCAUUCCAAAACAUUAAACAUCCACACCGGAUAGAUCAGAACUUCAAAGGAAAUGCAGUCAGCAAUCAUUGCAAGCUGCAAGGACUUUCAAAAAAUACUCUGCAGGUGACUGGAUGAACUGUCUGUCUAUUACUGUCUAUCAUGGGCACACUUCACCCAAUCAGAUCAACAAACCAUAAAAUGUAGUCAAACUCUUACUGAAGCCAGUCGGGGGAAGAGCGAAAACAUCUUUGCCAUCAAAAAAGCCUUCAGUGUCGUUCUUAGCUCUUCUUCUACGCUAACCUCUAUGUGAUCACCCCCAUAGCUGUUAGUAGUUCCUCAAAGGACACUGAUUGGUCUGGUACCACUGUACCAGCCACAAAUGCAUAGAUUGAAGCCUGGGUAGAUGGAUUCUCACAUGAUCUCAUGUCCAGCUGUCUCACAAGGUUAUCUAGGAAGUGGACGAAACCAGAAAAGUUGUGCAUCUCUUUGGGAAAAAGUUUCAACAAUGUUCAAAAUAUGGUGGCCUUUGUUUCCAAAGGUUCCAAUGGUUAGAAAGUUAAGGGAUGACCAAACCAAAUUUCUUUGGUUGCCAGCUUUUCAAAUCUCCCUCCAACGAACUAACUACUUGAGUCAUUUAAGUAGUACUUUGUAAUUGGGCAGUGCAAACUUGGAGAGAACUGGAUAAAUUGACCUCAAUAUCCUCAAUUAAUUGCCCAUUAGAGCCAUGAAGGGCUUGAAUCUAAGGUUUUAUGACCAGGAUGACAUCUUAAAAAACCUGGGGAUUGUCUAACUGCAAAAAACUACAUUGACUUAAAACUGGCUCAUAACAAAAGUACAUGAUGGAAACAACUAAUCAGAACCAUUGAUCAACUCACAAAGUACCCAAAUACAAAAGAGACCAAAGAAAACCAGCUGAAGGUUUAACACAACCUUGUUUUCUCAUCAGUUCGCUCUAAAAGUGUGGAUGUGUCUUGUUUUGGAAUGAAACGGUUCAUUUCUUUCCCGACGCUAACAUGCUGUGGCACUAUAAGGACGGUUGUUGCAGGAUGGGGCUACUUGUUACUGAGGUUUAUGUUUGUGUGCCUGUAUGUGUGUUUGUCUGUGUGUGUGUGUGUGUGUACGUGUGUGUGUGUGUGUGUGUGUGUGUGUGUGUGUGUGUGUGUGUGUGUGUGUGUGUGUGUGUGUGUGUGUGUGUGUGUGUGUGAAUGUGAGUUUUAAGAGAGGUGUGUCUACAUGUCUGAAUGUAAAAAAAAAAAGAGCAGAAAAUAGAGAAAAGAAACCAGUUAAAGCCUACAAGCCUUUUCCUCUGCUUUGAAAAACUCUGGGACUUGACCUUCGAUACAAACCUUCUCCAGGAUGAACUGUAAAUAAUAUGCAACUGUACUCAAGCAUUUCAAGUUUGUGAUUGAUUGUUUGUGAUUGAUUUGCUGGUGAUACGAAGGUCACACAAGUGCCUGUUCAAUCUAAAGCAGGACGAACUCAAGUCAGACUUUGUCUUACCGAUGCCACUCUUGUUCCUGUGUAACCAGAAUCUGGAAGGUGCUCCCAUGUUCCCUUUAACUACCAAUGUACUUACACUGCAGAAUCGUCCACUUAUGUAAGUCAUUCAAGCUAAACUCGAGUAUUGAAACUAUAUUUUUCUUGUAAACUCUCCAGUAAAUCUAAUGUUAUCACAUUCACUCCCCAAAUCUUUGUUGGAAAAACUCAGAAGAAGAAGAAGAAGACUUGCUCUCAAAGAAGAUUUCAAGAGACCUUGGUGGUCUUCUUUGUGAGCAAGUGCUUCUUAUUCAUUUGAGUUUUUCCAUCACAACUGGCGUCAUGAACAGGAUCCUGUAACUCCACCAGACUUUUGUUUGUCGGGAUAAAAGCAUUAGUUUUUAAUUGCAACACCACAAACAUCCCCUUCAAACUGCAGAGGCCUGAAGUCAUUUAUCACCAAUGUACUGGGAUAUAUACUUCAAUAUUUUGGCCUUCUUCAUUCUAAUGUUCCUGCAUACUAAAAGAUCAGUAAUCAUUCUUCUUUGUUGAGUACAUUUCAACCACAGUCGUCUUUCUUAGUUUACAUAAUUGCUUCCCUGCACCUGCAAAUGCACAAAAUCCACAAAAUAUGACUGAAUAUGAAUAUGUCUCAUCUUUUCAAACCCUCUGGAUGUCACAGUCCUUGAAUGACACAUUACGUAACGCCCUUUUAGGUAACUCGAUUGGCGAUGGUUAAAACAUUAGAAGUUAGCUGUGGGUUUUGAUGCGAUCAAUCAGAUUUUAGUUUGAAUGACUUGCUCAGCUGGACUGCCUUCAGUGUAACAUUCCUACAACAUUUCACUGGAGCUCCGCGGGCGGCAGAUCCAUCCAAAGACGCGUGUGCAGGUUUCUUCCACGGUGCCUUGUUGUAUAUUGUGUACACUUAUUUUGUUUUUCCAUGUGUGGUUCCUUUUUUGGUAUAAAGUGCAAUGUUAUAUAUAUAUAUUAUAUAAUCAUGUGGCUGUACAUUUUAUACUGUAAGUGUUUGCCUUCUAUUUUUUCUCCUGAAUCAUGACCACAUGGCGAUUUUCUCAAGAUAAAAGUCUUUACUGUAUUUUUCUCUACGCAACCAUCCAGCUGACUGUGGAUCUUUGACACAAUACUGGUAUCUGUUUUUUUAAUCUGUAUUAGCUGUUCUAUGUAUUGAAAAGAUAAUUUUAACAAUAAAUGGUUACAUAUUUGGUCUGAAGGUG